AUGCCACGAAAGUCGACAGGAGGAGCGGGGGUGUCCGGAGCCUCCGCGCCUAGCACACCAUCCACCAAACCUGGCCUGUCGCGCAAAUCGCUCAACGGCAGCCCCUCCGUCGCCGACGCGGACGCGAGCACAUCCACAUCCGCGCUCACCGUCCCCACCUCUUCCAAGCUCGUGCUCAAGCAGCAAGAAACCGCACUGAAAGGCAUCGAAUCGUUCGAACUACCUCGAUCGAACAUCGUCAAGUGCGCAAAAAGCGAUAUCCCUGACAGCGUGCAGCUGCGCAAAGAGGUGCAGCAAGCCCUCGUCAAGUCCGCCACCGUCUUCAUCAGCUACUUGACCGCAACGGCACACGACAAUGCCACCAAGAAAAAGGGCAAGAUCAUCACCGCCCAGCACGUGCUGGAUGCUGUCAGACAGAUCGACCUUGCGGGCGAGGACGAGAUGGCGGAACUCAAGGCGCAGUUGAAAGGGUACAGGGACAACGCGGCGCGCAAGAAGAGCGAGAAGGCUACGGCUGGCGCGGGGGAGAAGAAAGCGGCUGAUGGGCAAGAGGGCGAGGCUGAGGCGGAGAACGACGCGGAUGUUAGCAGGCUCGAUGGCGCCGAGGAAGAAGAUGCGGAUCAGUCGGUGAGAAUGCACGACGACGCUGAUGCGGCUGACGCUAGCUUGUUGCGGAAAAGUCUCCAUGCGGCAGGCCAAGACGACGCAGACGAGGACCAGCUCAUGGACGAAGACUAG